GCGAGGGGCGGUGGGACCGCCCCCGCCCCCCGUGACUCCGGCACCCGCCGAGCUCAACAUGGACCCGGGCCCCGGCCCCGCCGAGGAGCCCUGCGCCUCCACAUCCUCCGCCACGGCCGCUGCGCAGAAGCCCGGCGCUGAGGAGAAAAAUGAUCCCCCAUUUCAACUCAAACUUCCUCCAAAGGCAGCUAGACCUGACAAAGAAGUUGACCCAGAAUAUGAAGAGAAGAUGAAAGCAGAUCGAGCAAAAAGGUUUGAAUUCCUCCUGAAGCAGACAGAACUUUUUGCACAUUUUAUUCAACCUGCAGCACAAAAAUCACCAACAUCUCCGCUAAAAGUCAAGCUGGGACGGCCACGGAUGAAGAAGGAUGAAAAACAGAGUUUGAUUUCAGCUGGGGAGUACCGCCACAGGCGCACAGAGCAGGAGGAGGAUGAAGAACUCUUGUCUGAGAGUCGGAAAACGUCCAAUGUGUGCAUUCGGUUUGAGGAGUCUCCUUCAUAUGUGAAAGGAGGAACAUUAAGAGAUUAUCAGGUUAGAGGUUUGAACUGGAUGAUCUCACUCUAUGAAAAUGGAGUUAAUGGCAUUCUGGCAGAUGAAAUGGGGCUCGGUAAGACUCUGCAAACAAUAGCUUUAUUAGGCUAUCUGAAGCAUUACCGAAACAUUCCUGGGCCACACAUGGUACUGGUUCCAAAAUCAACUUUGCAUAACUGGAUGAAUGAAUUUAAGCGCUGGGUUCCAUCUUUACGUGCUGUUUGCCUUAUUGGAGACAAAGAUGCCAGAGCUGCAUUUAUCCGUGAUGUUAUGAUGCCUGGUGAAUGGGAUGUUUGUGUUACAUCAUAUGAAAUGGUAAUCAAAGAGAAAUCAGUCUUCAAGAAAUUUAACUGGAGAUACCUGGUAAUCGAUGAAGCCCACAGAAUAAAGAAUGAGAAGUCUAAGCUGUCAGAGAUCGUACGUGAGUUCAAGACAACAAAUCGAUUGCUGCUUACAGGAACUCCUUUACAGAAUAAUCUCCAUGAGCUGUGGGCAUUACUCAAUUUCCUUUUACCCGAUGUCUUCAAUUCUGCAGAUGAUUUUGACUCAUGGUUUGACACUAAAAAUUGUCUCGGUGAUCAGAAACUUGUAGAAAGACUUCAUGCUGUUUUAAAGCCAUUUCUCUUACGUCGCAUAAAAGGUGAAGUAGAAAAGAGUUUACCUCCAAAGAAAGAAGUAAAAAUUUAUCUUGGGCUCAGCAAAAUGCAGAGAGAAUGGUAUACCAGGAUCCUGAUGAAAGAUAUUGAUAUCCUGAAUUCAGCUGGCAAAAUGGAUAAGAUGCGUCUGCUGAAUAUUCUGAUGCAGCUGCGGAAGUGCUGUAACCAUCCUUACCUGUUUGAUGGUGCUGAGCCAGGCCCUCCUUACACCACUGAUACUCAUCUCAUCACCAACAGUGGUAAAAUGCUAGUUUUGGAUAAACUGCUGGCAAAACUCAGAGAGCAGGGUUCCAGAGUUCUGCUGUUCAGUCAGAUGACUCGCUUGCUGGAUAUUUUGGAAGACUAUUGCAUGUGGCGUGGUUAUGAGUACUGCAGACUUGAUGGGCAGACACCACAUGAGGAAAGAGAGGAAGCAAUUGACACAUUUAAUGCUCCCAACAGCAGUAAAUUCAUUUUCAUGCUGAGUACCAGAGCUGGAGGUCUUGGAAUUAAUUUGGCAACUGCUGAUGUGGUUAUUCUCUAUGAUUCAGAUUGGAACCCUCAAGUAGAUCUGCAAGCCAUGGAUCGUGCGCAUCGUAUUGGUCAAAAGAAACCAGUACGGGUGUUUCGACUUAUCACUGAUAAUACUGUUGAAGAGAGGAUUGUAGAAAGAGCUGAAAUAAAACUGAGACUGGACUCUAUAGUUAUACAACAAGGAAGGCUUAUAGACCAACAGUCCAACAAACUGGCAAAAGAUGAAAUGCUGCAGAUGAUCCGGCAUGGAGCCACGCAUGUGUUUGCUUCCAAAGACAGUGAGCUGACAGAGGAAGAUAUAACUACUAUUUUAGAAAGAGGGGAAAAGAAGACAGCUGAAAUGAAUGAACGAUUGCAGAAAAUGGGAGAGAGCUCCCUACGAAAUUUCACUAUGGACACAGAGAUGAGCUUAUACAACUUCGAAGGUGAAGAUUACAGAGAAAAACAAAAGCUGAGCAUGAUGGAAUGGAUUGAGCCUCCAAAAAGAGAACGCAAGGCCAAUUAUGCAGUGGAUGCUUAUUUCAGAGAAGCCCUACGUGUCAGUGAACCAAAAGUCCCAAAGGCUCCACGACCUCCAAAACAACCAAAUAUUCAGGAUUUUCAGUUUUUCCCACCACGGUUAUUUGAACUUCUGGAAAAAGAAAUUCUGUAUUACCGUAAAACUAUAGGAUAUAAGGUCCCCAGGAAUCCUGACCUUCCAAAUGCAGCUCAGGUACAAAAGGAGGAACAGAAGAAGAUAGAUGAGUCUAUGCCUCUGAAUACUGAGGAAAGUGAAGAGAAAGAAAAGCUUCUAACACAGGGUUUUACAAACUGGAAUAAAAGAGAUUUUAACCAAUUUAUUAAAGCUAAUGAGAAAUAUGGUCGUGAUGAUAUAGACAAUAUUGCCCGUGAGGUGGAAGGAAAGUCACCUGAGGAGGUCAUUGAGUAUUCAGCUGUUUUCUGGGAACGUUGUAAUGAACUGCAGGACAUUGAGAGGAUUAUGGCUCAGAUUGAACGAGGAGAGGCAAGAAUUCAGCGGAGGAUCAGUAUCAAGAAAGCCCUUGAUGCCAAAAUUGCAAGGUACAAAGCACCUUUUCAUCAGCUGCGUAUUCAGUAUGGAACAAACAAAGGGAAAAAUUACACAGAAGAAGAAGACAGAUUUUUGAUCUGUAUGUUACACAAAAUGGGCUUUGACAAGGAGAAUGUGUACGAGGAGCUGAGGCAGUGCGUGCGCAACGCUCCUCAGUUCAGGUUCGACUGGUUUAUCAAAUCCAGAACUGCGAUGGAGUUUCAGAGACGCUGCAAUACUCUCAUAUCAUUAAUAGAAAAAGAAAAUAUGGAAAUUGAAGAAAAAGAAAGAGCUGAAAAGAAGAAAAGAGGAGCAAAAGUUACAGCAUCACAGAAGAGAAAAGCAGACUUGGCUGCUGAGAACUCUGGAAAAAAAGAUGCUAAGAAAGCGAAGUCGUGAACCUGAAGACUGAACGCUCAGUGUUAAACUGCCACUUUGUUCACUCCAUCUAUGUGUAUUAAUUGCCAACUUCUUUGUAUUCAUGGUACUCUUCCCCAAGUCCCAUGCUUUAAUUUUGCAAAUUUUGUAUCCUUUACAAUGCCUUUCUUUACCUAAAAUGUGUAGCUUUAUAUCUUACGCAUUCCAGUAUUUUUGGGUACUGUAUUUUGUGAGUUUCAUGUCUUUGGCAAAGUUCACUCAGUCCUUGGUUUUAUAUGUUUUAUAUGCUGCUGCUUUGAAAGAAAACCUAGAUUCUAUAGCUGUAUUAUUGUUGUUUCAUAUUUUAAAUUUAUAUGGCUGUUGGAAAAUAAACUGACUUAAUUAUUUGAUGAGAAGUAUACUUCACCUUUGUUUUCCCUACCCUCUCCCUGCUUUUUGCAUAGCUACAUUUAGAGAGAAUGUUAAGGUUUGUCUAAUUGUGCCUUCAUCAUCAAUCAGAUUUUUUUUGGAGGAGUACUUAGGAUCAGGAGCAUGACAGAACAAAAUCAAAUUAGACUGACAUUCUUGUUUGCUCUCUGCAUUAAAUGGACACAUUCUCUGAAAUGUUCAGAAGGAAACCCAGCAAAGACACACAUUUUGUUUUUCUUAAUCAGUGAUUUCUGCUGGGCUACAUGCUUAAAUACAGGGUGAGGUGUUUUUCAGAAUGGCCUCUAGAUGAAAACUUUUCUAUGCCUCAUAAAAGGAAGUAGUCAGCUCACAGUGUCUGGUUGUUUAAGUAGCAAACUUACUCUCUUUCUGGUUGGUAGACUCCUCAGCUCUGCUGCCUUAUGCUGAAAGAUCUUCGUUGCUCUAAUUAUUUCUGCUAAAGUUCUUUUACCUUUUUAUUCAACAUGUCAGUCAGAAGCAAUGGGGAUAUGUUAUGGAGUGCUCCUUUUUAGUAUUUCUAUUUUAAUGAAGGGAUGAAAGUGUUGGAUGUAUGAUUUUUUGACUUUGCAAGAAUGGCCUUUAUUAAGCAGGUUCACAGUUCCUGCUCACUUUGGAGUCUCUGCCUUUCCUAGAUCAGUAGAACAGUGACUGUGACAUCUGAUGUUUUGCUUUAAUGUUCUGUCUCUGAUCUGGUGUUUAGUACAGACCUUGCUACAGUGAGACAUGCCCUCAUAAUGUCUAGAUUAAUGCAGUGUGCUUUACAUGGUACUUCCCUUGAAGACUACUUGUCAACUUCUUCUAGUGCAGUUUGCUUCCUUCAGUGGUUUGAGGUGUUUUGAGAUAAAGAAACCUCUUUACUCUUUGUAUUUUGUGCUUUGCAUUGGCUACCUUCUUCUGUGUUUGUAAAAUGUAGGACUUUAUAAAAUAAAGUUCUUGGGCUCUGCCCAUAUUCUUUUAUGUCAUUUAAAAUAUAUUGAUAUGUCUUUGAAGUUUUCUGGGAUUAGAAUCUCUAAGUUUCAUGAGGAAUUCCCAGGUUUUUUUGUAGUGUCUGUUAAAGGUUUGGAGCAAAACAGGUAUUAUGAUUGAGCAUUUCAGAUAUUAGAUUCUGUAUUUUGGAAUGUAGCUUUUGUCCAGGGACCAUGUUUAUUAUUUAACUGGGCUUAUAUUUGUAAGACUUGGUAUUUGUCUGUGAAACUUAAUCAGAUGAGUUGAGAGGUACAUCUCAUAAUGAUGGGGCACAGCUUGCAGGCAGGAGAUUGGUCAUAGGAGCCAGUGCAUGAUUUUAAAUGAGUGUGCAACCCAGGUGGGAUAUGUGUGCUGAGGAAAGAAGCAUGUCUCCUCAGAAUGCAGUUCCGGUGUUGGAGCAGUUAACAUCCUUUGUUAUCCUUGGGAGGACAUCCCAUGCAAUUGUGGACAAAGGCUGUGCAGCUACAUGCAUAUAUAACCAAAAUCCCUGGAGCACUGCUGUUAACAGAGAGGAAGAUGCCUUAUUUGCAUUUGCAUUUUGGCUCAUGUGCCGCUCACUAAGUUUAUGGCCUGAAAUGGUAAGAAUGAGUUAAAAGAGAUGGGAAAUAAAGGCUGAAAGAGCCAGUUCAAAUGCUUAUGGAAUUACAUGGUUAGGUCUAGAGCUUAUUCUAUUGCUCCUAUUUAGCAUUGGAUGAAUAUUUUAAUGUUUUAAGUCUUGAAAUAAGUGUAUUCUGGUUUUGUUUAUUGUAGAUUAGCUUUGUUUGACUUGCAUGUUUUUGUGUAUCCAGUUUCUCUGUCUUGCAAAGUGUAUGGAAAGUCUUAAAAUGGUAAUAUCUCAACAUGUUGUUUUAUGCAGAUUUCUUGAGUUAACCACUUGAGGUAAUGUUCAUUCUUCUCAAUGACAUGAUACACAAACCAUAUAGCAAAAGAUCGUGCAAUUGUUCUUUCAGAUAUUGUCCUUUGAUCAGACAGCUUCUCUGAAGAAUGAUAGAUUCUCCCAGGAGCUGUCUGUUACCUCUUGCAGUCCCUAGUUAAACUGAAUGUGCUGUUGAACAGUCCUUGAGAGCAUUUGGACACUAUAAACCAGUUCCUAGUGAAUUGAGCCUUCCCAUCUAUCAUGUCCUACAGUGACAACUAAGGAAAAUUGCUGACAGCUGCUGGUCAGGAUUAAAGGAAAACAGAUCUUUCUUUUCCCUUUUUCAUUCUUCCAGUUGCAUAUACCCACACAGUGUGUGCCUAGCAGUAUCUUAAAUUAUAUGCUGCUGUGACUCAGAAUUAGGUAACAGAAAUGAAAGAAUCUUCCUACUUUUAACUCCUAUUUUCUUAGGUGAAGAAACCAAUUUGUAGGAAAUUAGUAAGCUCUGAAUGUUAUGUGUUAGAAAACUUCUGAAAAGUUUGGGCCUUUAGGCUAUUUUGGAGUUGUUAAAAAUGCUGCAAGAUAAAACAUUUUGAAAAUUAAUUUAAUUCUGUUCCAAUGGACAAGUAAAAUUUGCUUAUGUGAACAUCAGGCUUGAAGAAAGUCACCCAGCACCUUUGACUAACCAGGCAGUGCACAUAACAUCCUGGGAGAGGUCACAGCAGUUGUGGUGGUUUCCUUUUCACAUAUUCAUCAUUUCCAACUAUUAGUCCUUUUAUUUCUAAGUUAUGUUAGUGAUGACACCAAAAAAGUAGUGCUGCUAACCACCUUCAUUGUAUUUAAUUUCAGUUUGUUACAAUGACACAGAGAAGAAAUGAACUUUGUUCUUGCUGGUAAUACCAGGCCAUCUUUAAAUGCUGGUUUGCACAAGUGGUGUUACUAUACUGAAACAUUAAGUAAGAUUUUUUUUUUCUUGUAGAUUCGCAUUGCUUGUUUGAUUUUGUGCUAAUGCUUAUUAGGGUUUAAAAAAAAGCAGCUAUCACUCUUUGAGAUGAUGAGCAAGGAGUGCAGUAUACAUAAAUUAAUCAGACUCUAAGUGCCUGAUGGUGAUGCCGAACUGAUUUUUGCUUUUAUAUGUUCUUCAUAUACAUUUGUAGCUAUAUGAAGGAUCUAUAACAGCAAAAAUUAGUUUGGCAUCAAUGGAAGUAACUUUGUUGUGCAGUGCCUAGUUCCUGCUGUGUGCUGCUGUGUUACAGGCACUCUUUGUACAUGCCUCCUGCCCACGUUCAGUAGGGGGAUUAAGUACUUUCAGUGAUGAAAAAUAAAUGCCAAAGCUUUACAGGCAGAAAAAAGAUGGCAUUUUGCAGUCAAUACCAGUUUAUGUAAAUGCAAAAUGAUGAGGUUGGUGCACACAUUGGCACUUGUGAUGCUGGAAGGGAUUGAUCACCAACUGUAGUUCUGAUUGACUAAAGAGAGGUUGACAGUUGUUACAUUUUACUUAAUUUUGUCUGGUCCACGCAUUUAGCUUCAAGCAUGUAUGUAAAUGCGUUCGUGGCUCAUAGUUCUAAUGUUUGAUAUGUUCUUUUUCUGAAAGACUUAAAGUUGAACUUAGUUUGCAUAUUUUGAAAUGUAAUGUACUCUUUAAUUGCAUUUGCAUGGCAUCCAUCCUUUCAUGAGAAAAGGAGUAAUAUUUGCUGCCUCAAAGGUAUGUCAGUGUUGUGUUGCUCAAGAUAACUUCUGAACUUUUUCAAUCUGGGAUUUGUUUCUUAAGUUAUACAUAUAGGAGAAUAAAAGUUAAUAUGAACCUGA